CUCAGCUGAAAUGGACGACGGGAGGUCUGUGCUCCUUCACGUUCACAGUUACUGACAUAUCGACGGAAAGGGGGUUUGGCGCUGGACCAAGUUCAAGUACAGGUACUUCUGUAGCCUGUGUGUUGAUGAGGGAUGCUGGGUACUCGAUACCGUGUCCUUGGUCAGCCUCCCCCAGUUUCGCCAAUGGACACAGCCGCGAGAUUGCAUUGACCGUUCGUCAUCGCAACACUUCCCAAUUGCACCAAGUAGUCAUCCACGUCACGACAAAGAGGUAUCCGCCGUCCUUCUGCGCCGCGCAUCCACAGAAUGGCCUCUCUCAAGCGAAAACGACACCGAGGCGGAACCGAUUCAGGUACGAGCUCGUCUGAGGCUGCGGCGGCGGCGGGUGGUGUUGGCGCCGCUACCGCUGCUCCAUUGGCUUCAGGUUCCCCUGUAACCAGGGCGCGCCGAGCGACACGCCAGACAUCGACCGCCCCACUCCCCGUGCUUCCCGACCCGGAACCACCCCGACGGCGCCGACGCCGGGACAGCACUGGCACUGGCCUUGCCACUGACCGGCAGUCUCCCACGUCACCACCACCACCACCACCACCACUGCCGGCCCACCGCGACAAGGAAAACAUACCGAUGCAGUCCAACUCGCAUCAUGGACAUGCUCCACUCAUCAAGACUCGUCUGACGCGCCACACCGGCUUUGACUUUGACCCGCCAUCAUCCGUGCCCACGCCGCCCAGUUCCCACUCGUCGUCCAAUUCUUCCCAUUCCGGUCCCCGUGCAAUCACACCCGCCCGAUCAAUCACCAUCAAGACCUCAACAUCAACAGCCCAUCAAUCACCCCUCGCACAUCCGCACCAGGCGCCGACUGCGUCUCCUCUACGUGCUCCUGCCCCGACUCCGACUACGAAAAUCCUCCCAGGCCCUCUCGCCGGAGGACAGGCACGACACGACUCGACAACUCAUGGCCAUGGCCGCUCCGCUGCGGCGCCGGUGGUGCUUCCACACCAAAGUAUAGUCGGGCAAAACAAGACCAUCUCCAUGGCACCCUCAGUACCACCACCGCCACAACAUCAACAACAACAACAACAACAACAAACACAUCGCUCACCCAUUGCGAGGCCUGGCCCGAGUGGCGGCAAAUCAGACAGACCCGAGCGGGCACCUGGCGAGCGGCCAGACCGAAACAUCGACAAGGUCGUGUUGGGUGACAUAUGCUUCCGGGCAUGGUACCCUUCCUACUACGGAAAGGAGGUUCUCGGUGAAGGCCCGCCUAGUGUUGGCACGACCAUUGCCAAUGGGACAAACCCUUCGAAUCAGGCGGCACAUGGACACCAACCCCACCACCAGCCGCCUAUGCUCGACCGCCUUUACGUGUGCCCGUGUUGUUUCAAGUACUCCAAGGAGCUGGUUGCCUGGAGGAGACAUGUCUGCUUGUGUGAGGCUCGGGGCCACAUUCCCGGAACCAAGGUCUAUGUGCACCCAAAAGGGCGGCGGACAGUUCUCGUGCCGACAGGGCCGGCUCCAAAGCCUGGAAGAGGUAAACGUGGAAGUAUCGGGCAGAAGAUGGUCGAGGAGGUGAUCCAGGAUGAAGGGGAAUGGAGUAUUUGGAAGGUCGAUGGGGCAGAGGACAUGCUCUUCUGCCAAAACCUUUCCCUAUUUGCAAAACUUUUCCUGGAUAACAAGUCGGUGUUUUUCGAUGUUAGCGGCUUCCACUACUUCCUGCUUGUCUUCACUCCGCCUGAUCCCCCCACGGACCCGGACUCAGACGUGACCGAGGUCGUCAAGCCUCGUGGUCAAGUUGUCGGUUUCUUCUCCAAAGAGAAGAUGUCAUGGGAUAACAACAACCUCGCAUGUAUCCUCAUCUUCCCGCCUUGGCAGCGCAAAGGUCUGGGUGCGCUCCUCAUGGGUGUCUCAUACGAGAUAUCUCGACGUGAGGGGAUUAUUGGCGGGCCCGAAAAGCCCAUCUCGGAACUCGGCAAAAAGGGGUACAAGCGCUUUUGGGCCGGCGAAAUAGCCCGUUGGCUCCUCAGUUUGGAGCCGACAGGCACGACACCAGGCGAGGAAACGGUUGUCGACAUUGAAGAUUGCAGCAAAGCAACGUGGAUAGCCCCCGAUGAUUGCUUAGCGGUGCUAAGAGAGAUGGAUGUUGCCGAAGACGCGGGUAGGGGUCCUCCUAAGCCCAAGAUACACGAACCGAGCGAGGAAGAAAUGGGCACCAUCCCUACGGAAGCACCAGCACCACCACCAGCAGCAGCAGUAGUAGAGGAGGAUGUGCCGCGGGUUCGAAUUACACUGGAAGCUGUGCACAACUGGGUGACUCGGAACCGCAUUAGCUUGGAAAGGACCUGCGACCCGGCGGGCUUCAUUGACGAUUUCGUCAUGGAGGAGCCUUCUUCCGAGGAAGAGGGAUGAAAAACCUUACAAACCAAGUGACUGCCAGUACUGUCUAGCUGAAUACUAGGCGUCCGCGGCAGCUCUGUUUGUAUAACACCAUUUCAGCAGGAGACGGAUGGCCUGCAAAUCCCAUGCGGAAAACAAAACAAACCCUGCUCACUCGGCUUCCUGCUGGACGAUUAUCUAGGUUGAGCAUUGUGUUCUGGGUAAGAAGCCAUUGGCCCAAUUUCCAAUAUACUUUACGGCUGCACUCUCAAUGGUCGAAGUCUUGGUGACAGCGGCGGAGUCCCAGGCGAGGAAAGGAUUACUUUACCAGAACGACAUUUGACUAUAUUUAUCCGUUUGUACCAGCGAUACGAACCACUUGCUCCCAGGAACCACAGCAACGG